AUGAGAACCCGCACGCUGGAUAUUGGCCGGCAGAAAGCUAUCAGACUGCUGAGGGGGAAAAGUGCCAUUAUGAUAUUGUUGUCUCGGUCUCCCGUCUAUCGGUUUGUGGAUAGUGCUGAUGUCCAUUUUCUCCUUCAGUUAUAUUGUUUUUCUGACAAAACAUCCGAUUUCCAGUAUCGACAACGAAAAUUACCUCCCUCCAAAAAACGAAACAAACAAACAAACAAACAAGCAAGCAAGCAUAAAAGCAAGAAAGCAAGCAAAAACAACAGCAAUAAUAACAACAACAACAACAACAACAACAGCAACAACAACAACAGCAACAACAAUAACACUGGUGACGUUUAG